GAACAGGGCCGGUUUGCUUGGCUAGGCCUGGGAAGACUCAACAUGGGGAUUUCCCGGGAGCAGAGAUUUCAGACUUGAGAAUGGAGAUGUAUGAGAUCCUUGGAAAAGUGGGAGAGGGAAGUUACGGAACGGUAAUGAAAUGUAAACACAAGGAAACGGGACAUAUAGUUGCCAUUAAGAUAUUUUAUGAAAAGCCAGAAAAAUCUGUCAACAAAAUUGCAAUGAGAGAGAUAAAAUUCCUGAAGCAAUUUCGUCAUGAAAACUUGGUCAAUCUGAUUGAAGUCUUCAGGCAAAAAAAGAAAAUUCAUUUAGUGUUUGAAUUUAUUGACCAUACAAUUUUAGAUGAGCUGCAACAUUAUUCUCAUGGACUGGAUAGCAGAAGACUUAAGAGGUAUCUUUAUCAGAUUCUUCGAGCAAUUGACUACCUCCACAGCAACAAUGUCAUUCACCGUGACAUUAAACCUGAAAACAUUUUGGUUUCACAAACUGGAAUUACUAAACUUUGUGAUUUUGGAUUUGCUCGGACUUUAGCAGCCCCAGGUGAUAUUUAUACUGAUUAUGUAGCUACAAGGUGGUACAGAGCUCCAGAGCUGGUAUUAAAAGAUACAACAUAUGGGAAACCUGUGGACAUCUGGGCUUUAGGUUGUAUGAUUAUCGAGAUGGCCACUGGCAACCCCUAUCUACCCAGCAGCUCUGACCUAGAUCUACUUCAUAAAAUUGUGACCAAAGUUGGAAACUUGACACCUCACCUUCAGAGUAUUUUUAUAAGGAGCCCAGUUUUUUCAGGGAUGGUCCUUCCUGAAGUUCAGCAUCCUAAAAGUGCAAGAAAAAAAUAUCCCAAACUCAGUGCACUACUUGCAGAUAUGGUUCAUGCUUGUUUACAAAUGGAUCCUGCAGACAGGAUAUCAUCUGCUGAUUUGCUACAACAUGAAUAUUUCACCAGAGAUGGUUUUGUUGAAAAGUUCUUACCAGAAUUGAAAAGCAAAUUACUACAAGAAGCAAAGCUGAGUUUUCUUUCAAAAUUCAGAGACAAUAACAAAGAUGCUGAACAAAUCAAAGAUGAAAAGAGAAUAGUUCAUAUUAACAUGUCUCAGAGUGGUCCAGUUGUUGUAAAGGAAAUGGAAAAAGACAAAAAGUCAAAGGAGAUGAAGAUCAAAGGUAUUAAAGUAAAAGGGGGAAAAUCUGAAAUUUCAGAGCUCAAGAGAAAUGAACAAGAAGAUGCUGUUUCACAGUGGGUUACUAUGUCUCAGAAUGCUCUCAACUUAUCUCAUGAGAACAAACCUAUAAUUGGUGAUGGUACCACCUUAAUAACAGUUGGCAUUGAUGCUAGUGGGAUGAAGGAUGAGGCCCCACAGAUGCCCUGUACAACAAUGCCACGCAUACAUCCAAACUGUGGAAAUCUUACUGCAAAUUUCAGUUCACAUUUCCUGUGUCCUAAUUCAAGACUACCAGAAAAAGCAAAGAAACGGCGAAGUCCUUGGCCAUCGGUAGGACAAGUAGGUCCAAACAGCCGUCAGGAAGAAGGAGCUAUGACUCAAAACCAAAUGGAGAAAGUGUCCCUGUAUGAAAGAGCUGCUCAAAUUGAUCAAAUGGUGAACAUAAACAGAAAGAAACGCAAUAUCUCGAGAUGUGAGAAGAGAGAAAUUCACUUCCCAGAACUAACUACAACAGGGCAACAGAAAGAACUGAAAGGAAUGGAAAUUAAACCGGUAAGAGUGCUGAAGAGGGAGUCAAAGAAACCUGAAAUAUCAAAAAUACCAUCCUUACUAAGUAUGGAUCAGAAUCGUGAAAAACAAGAAAGCACAGGAAAUGCAGGAAAUAUGCAAAAUGAAUGAAAACAGCCAAGUUUUUCCGUGUAACAGCAUGCAUCUUGGGAAGAUAUAGAAUGUCUGGCGUAAGACAUUUGCUUUUCAAUUAACUUUUCAUUUAAAAAGUGCCAUGGAUAUCUCUGCAUAACAUGUGUAGAUCCUCUAAUAAAGUAUUUUGAAAUGCA